GAAAGUUACAUAAUCUAUUUUAUAUAAUAAAAGAUUAUACUUUGGCUUUAUUAUCUCUAUUAUAAUAAAUUACAUAUAGUAUGCAUGUAUAGAACUAUCUAAAAUAUGUAUGUAUGGCUAUAUAUGUAUAAAAUCAAUAAAAAUGAGUGAUAACUCUGAUGAUGAUUUACAAUUAUGUCCUACAACACUUGCUGCCUUAAAUGAAUUUCUUAAGGAAAAGGAAGAAAGAGAAAAGCAAUUAAAACAUAAUUUAGAAUCCCAAACAUUAAACAUUACUUUUGAUGAAAAUUGGCAACUAAGUCAGUUUUGGUAUGAUGAAGAGACAAUAAAUACUCUUGUGAAAGGUGCUAUAAAUUCUACAAAGCUUAAUGAAAAAAUUGCUUUAAUAUCUUGUCCCUCCCUUUAUAAUGCAUUAAAAAAGAAUACAAGUGGACAACAAGUCACUCUUUUUGAAUAUGAUGAACGUUUUAAAGUAUUUGGGUCUGACUUUAUUCCAUACAACUAUAAAUUUCCUCUAAACAUUGCUAGAGAUAUGUCAAAUUCAUAUGAUUUGGUCAUAGCUGAUCCACCAUUUCUCUCUGAUGAAUGUUUAACAAAAACUGCAGUUACAAUAAAAUUUUUAGCCAAAAAAAAUAUUGUGCUUUGUACAGGUGCUGUUAUGAGUGAAUUAGCAGAAAGAUUGCUAAAUGUUACAGUUUGUAAUUUUAUACCUCAUCAUAGAAAUAAUUUAGCAAACGAAUUUUACUGUUAUUCAAAUUUCAAUUUCGAUGAGGCACUGAAAUAAAGAAAAGACUAUUGAUUUAGCUAAUUAAGAUAUAUAUAUGCUAUACCAAUGUUGGUAUUUCAAGUAAAUUAUUGACAUUAUUGUUAAUUUAUGGAUUACAAUUUUGAAUUGUAAUUUGAACAUUGAAGAAUGUUGGCAAUACUGCUGUUUCAGUGAAAUAUUAAAUUUGAUGCCUAAAUUUCUGAA